AUGACAAUGUUUGCCAAAAUAAUAGCUAAAUUAUUGGUUAUUGCAGUGAUAACAGUGUUAUUGGUGUCGGACAUCAUAAGUUGUAGUUCAGUGUGUGAAUCGGUGGCACCCAAUGGCAUAUAUCGGGGCUCACGUAUGUACAAACUGUGGUCGAUUGUACAAAAAGAUGGUAAAGAAUUGUAUCCAAUUUAUAAAUUGGUAUUAUAUACCAGAGUUAGUAACACUACAACACAUGAGUGGCAAUUGAUGUUUAAUGAGUUGGAUAUAUCUAUUAAUGAGUCGACAUUCAAAUCAAUUGACAAACCGAUUGUCAAUAGGUUUGGUGGUAUAUUUGCAUUUUCAGUCAAUAGUAUUACACAUCAGGAUCCCUAUGAUUGUAUCACCAGUUUUAAGUAUACCAAUGAUGAUAAUAACGAUAUAUUAGAGACAAAAUGUGAAAUGACUGUCCAUUCAUCGGAGUUUCAACAAAAUUAUAGCAUUCAAUAUCCGUCAAACGCUAUCAUAUUUAGACCAAAAAUUGUCAAAUUCAUUGAUGUUUUCAAUUAUCAUAUGAUUUAUGAUAACAAAUGCAUUAAACUGUUUAAAGUCCAAACGGUUGGGUUUAAGAUUUUAUUAGUAGAAAUGGGAUGUAAUAUUUGUAAUCAAAUCCAAUGCAAAGCACAAAAAUUUUUGGAUCAACUUAGCAAUGAAUUAUAA